ACGACGUACGUCGAUUCUCGCAGAUGAACCGGCAAAAAGAACUGUCAAACGUGGCAAUAAAAAAUAAACAUCCAACCUCAAAUUUCGACGAAAAAUCUUAUUUAGAAAAUUCCAAGAAUUUUAUGGAAAAAAAGUCGAAAUGACAUCGCACGGAAAGACUGAAACCGAAAAACUGAAACAAAACGUCGAAAAUCAACUGGACCGGUUAAUGGAACAACUGGCCGACUUGGAGUCAUACAAAGAUAACUUAGAUCCAGCAGAAUAUGAAGAAACCAAAAAAGAUACAAUAGAACAACUAAAGGAAUUAAACCAAAGCCUUACCAAAUUAGUUAAUGGAGAUAUGUCACUAAUUGAUGCAGUAGGAGCAGUACAAUUAGCCACACAGGCAGCUAUUUCUGAAGCAUUUAAAACGCCAGAAGUCAUCAGACUCUUUGGUAGAAAAGAGCCGAAACUGUUACGAGAAAGAUUAAAAGACAUUGAGAACAAAGUUAAGUUAAACAAUUUGUGUAAUGAAGCUGCCAAUCAACAGAAGGUUGAAAUUCUCACAGCUUUGAGACAACUGAACGAACAAUUAUCAAGUGAAGAAUUGCAAUUUUUACAGAAGCAUAUGGGAAAUACGAAUGAAUUCAAAAAUAUUGAAUUUCUGGAACUUAAGGACUAAUUAGUAGGUAUUUAAUUUUUUUUGUGAUAUAAGUAUAAAUAAAACACUUUUUUCUAAGUUAUA